UUUUCUUCUUCUUCGCUUCGCCUUUCAACCUGCAAUUCGGAUUUCUGUUUGUUAAUUUGUUAAUUUGGUUGAAUCGCAAGUAGGAACAUGGCUAGUUCGGUGCACGUGAAGGUCGAGGUUCCGCCGGAGGACAAUUCGGAUGUGAUUGUGAUACCCGAUCGCGAGGAUGAUGACAUAUGUGAGCUGGAGCACUUGCGUAAGCUGUUCAUUGGCGGACUGGCGCCGUACACCACCGAGGAGGGCCUGAAAGUGUUCUACGGCCAGUGGGGCAAGGUGGUCGAUGUGGUGGUGAUGCGCGAUGCGGCCACCAAAAGAUCCCGCGGCUUUGGCUUCAUCACCUACACAAAGUCGGUCAUGGUGGACAGGGCCCAGGAGAACAGACCGCAUAUCAUCGACGGAAAAAACGUGGAAGCCAAGCGAGCUCUGCCGCGUCCUGAGCGCGAAUCGCGUGAGACCAACAUAUCCGUCAAGAAGUUGUUCGUGGGCGGUCUCAAGGAUAACCACGACGAGGAUUGCCUGCGGGAGUACUUUGUCCAGUUCGGACGCGUGAUCUCUGUUAAAUUACUCACUGACAAAACCACCGGCAAGCGCCGUGGCUUCGCCUUCAUCGAGUUUGACGACUACGACGCCGUUGACAAGGCCAUUCUUCAAAAACAGCAUUCGAUCAAGUACGUGCACGUGGAUGUGAAAAAGUCCAUCUACAACCUGGAGAAAAAGGACAAACAGCAGCAAGGAGCCUUGGCCAACGGCACCAAGCCGCCGCUCAAUCAGCAGCAGCAGCAGCAACAACAACCGCCGCCACCACAGCAGCAGCAGCAACAGCAUAACGGCAACAUGCAGGUGGCUGCCUACCGUCCACCCGUGCCACCGCCCCAGGCCAUGCCCCCCUACCACCAGCAGCCACCACCGCCCCCCAUGAACGCCCCGCCACCAAACUACAACUACUGGGGACCUCCUCCCCCGUCAAUGCAGUCCUAUUACCAACAGCCCCCACCGCCGCAGAUGAACGCCUGGGGUCCCUAUCCGCCGGUGCAAAACGGCUGGAACGCACCACCCCCACCGCCCCCCGGUGCCCAGCAGUGGCAUCCCGGCCAGUGGGGUUGUCCGCCGCCAGUGCAGCAGGUCCCUCCGGCUGGGGCAGUGCCACCAAACAUGGGCCACAACGGACCGCCGCCUCCGGCUCCUGGUAACUGGAACAUGCCGCCCAACGCACCGCCACCGGUGCCGGGAGCACCAGCGCCGCAGGGACCGCCAUCACACCAGCAGGCUCCACAGCAGCAGCCGCCACCACCGAACUUCGGCAGCGGCUAUCAGCAGAGCUACGGAGGCGGACCGACCAAGCACAAUAGCAUGAAUGCCAAUCGCAUGAAUCCCUACGCGGCUGCGCCGCCCAACAACUACCACAAUCCCCAACCUCCGGCAUAUCCGCCCUACAAUGCUGGAGCUCCGCCGCCUAACGGAAGCGUUCUGUCAUCGACUGGCGCCAAGGCGGUGGGAGUGUCCAACGGAUCGGUGGCUACGGGAGGCAGUGCCAACAGCAAGUACCGCCGUUAGAACGGGUGAGUAGAUGGUGCAAUUGCAACCUGUCCCCUCCAUUAGUCGUUUGUUUUAAAUGUGACCUAUGCAUAAGAGAGAGAGAGAGACCCCAAUACGUCUUGCCACCCAUAUACAAACUGCCCCAGAUGGACUAUGUCUGAAAUCUCGGUUAGGAACAGUUUCUCGACUGACAGUUAAUGUUUUCCGUACAUUUAAGAGCCUGUUUCUUUAAAGGGGUACCAUGUGAGAGAGUUGCACAUACUCGUUUAGUUGAAAAUCGAAUUUUCAGAAGGGUAGCUAACUGGCACCUUAACUGGCAGUCGAGAAACCGGCCCUCUUUAUAUAUUAAUACUAAUGUGUAACGUUCUCUUUGAUUUAGAUGCUCUCUGGGCGGCUUAAGCCCAUAAAUCAAGAUACUGUUAAAUAAGCUCGUUGAUAAGCUAGGGCCACACUCGCUUAGAGUUACUAACAGGAAACAUAACGCAUUGUCUCUCUAUCAUAGGACAACUAACCACGGUUUUAUUCUACACUUAAGAUAUACCAAAUCUACGAUCGACCUAAGCUAUGCCACAGACUAUGUAUUAAUAUUUUCUACACCGUAUUGGCAGGAGAAAGCACUUCUCCCGUUUCGAUUUACUUUAGACAUAUUUAUGUAACCCCUAAAUCGUAGAAUAUGCCCGAAUACGAUAUGACAUAAAGCUCUCUAUUUGAAUCCAACCAACUAUCUCUCUGUCUGUAAAAUGAAGCAAGCGACGGUGAUGGAAGGAGAAUUGCAAGCAAUAAAUCAAUUAAUAAUUAGAUCAUAUGACGCAGCUGUAGCCUGAGCUUAUUGGCCCAAAACGAAUAGCUUAAUCGUAGAUACCUAUGUAUUACCAAAACCAUUCAAAUAAGAUAUACGUCCAAAAAGAAAAAAAAAAAAAACAAACUGCUUAGAUGCGAAAACAUACGAAAAUAUACGAAGCCAAUGCGGAAUUGGGUUACAAAUAAAAUCAAACACUGAGCCGGCGGCCGUGGCACGGAUGCGUGGCCUUACCAUCAAUGUACACAAGAGUUGAUAUCAAAACUAUUGUCAAUUUUUAUAAGGAGCAAAACAGAUGCUUAUACACUGUAACGAUGUUGACGGUUUCUACUCAAGUCGCCCACGAUGUUUAUUUAUUUCAUCUGUUUUCAUUUUCCUUGUAUGACAAACUUGAAAUACUAAUACUAAUAAUAUACUGCAAAAUAUUGCUAAGAAAUUCUAUGUAUUUCAUUUCGGACCAUGACACGAACUAUAAGUUAAGUUUAUAUAUUCAGAUUAUCUAAAUGUAUGCCUCUUCCUCCUCUCUCUUCUAUUUGUAUAUAUGAAUAAGCUUACGUUCUGUAGCGCACGCCAAAGGCUUUGAAUUGAUCUAUGAAUUAAAUACAAUUAAAUUAAAUUAUGUAUUGAGAUAAGAGGAGGCUCAGUCCACCAUUUGCCAGCUUCAUUUAGAGCUCCUCUGCUACAUUUGCGAAAUACAACACUAAUCACUUAACCGAACUAUAUGAAAAUCCAUAUUUAUUUUAAAUAAAUAAAACUUAAAAACAA